GUAGAUUUACGUCAAUGAGGAGACUGUUUAGCUUCUGUUGUUUUCAUUAGCAGAGUCAAGAAUGGAGCAGAAACUGGAGACGGAUAACCUGGAAAUGCGUCUUCAGGCGCUGGAGAGUCGUAUAUACGGCGAGAGAAGAAACAAAAGUGGAAAACCCGUCAAGUGUGCAGAGCCUUUGGCCAGGAUCCAGGCAGGUCUGACCAACAUGGCCAACAAGAGAGAACGAGUAAAGAUCCUGCACAAGAAGAUUGAGGACCUUCUGAAGUACCUGGACCCCCAGUUCACCGACCACAUCACUGUACCUGAUGCUAUGAAGCUGGAGUUCAUCCUCGCUGAGGAGGACUUUCUGUUCUCCCAGGCUGUUUUGCUGGAGCAGGUCAACGGCCUGCAGCCGCUGUUGGACAGCACCUACAUCAGAGACGUACCAGAACAUGCUACCAAAUUGCAGCGGCUGUCACAGAUCCACAUCAAAGAGCAGGACCAAACCGAGAUUCAGUCCCUUGAAGUCAAGAAGCUUUUUGAAGAAUACAACAAAAUGAUGUUCCUGCUGUCCAAGCAGUUCACCCAGUGGGACGAGACCCUGAGGAAGAUGGAGGAGGCCAAGGGCAUCCGGCCUGUGGAGUAGUUACUGUCAACACACACUUCUGAUGAGGAUGGUGACAGUGAAGAAGACUACACUGUGGUGGGAGCUUCACACCUGACGAGUGUUCCAUAUGUAGCUUGUUCUUCCCCAAUGUGUCAGAACAAAAUGAGACUAAAGGAAUCCAACAUUUCACUGAUUUGUUUUUAACUGCUUAUCAGUUUGUCGAUGCAACCUUGGUACCGUAACUGCCUCAUCCCAUGAUAUUGUUGGUUUUAGAAAAUUAUCUCUCCCAGGCAAAUGAUCUCACUUAAAACAGUUGUUUCAAAUGGAAAAAUCUAGGAGUUCAGUAUAAAUUUAAAUGUAACGUAAAAAUGAUUUUUAUGCAUUGUUGAAAAAGGAUGUUCAUACAAAUAACAAUUCCUUUAUUAAAAGUACCUGCACAUGUGUGGAUCUACCAGGUAAACUGACCUACCAGCUCUUCUGUUUGUAUGUGAUUCGGUGUCUGUUGUAGUUGUGGACUAAUGUUAUCAGUAAUCCUGCACCGCUCAUACAAACCUAUUCAUACAGUAAACCUGGAAUGUAAAGAGUGGUGGAAAUCUAAAAUGUACAGGAACUCGGUCUUAUACGAGUCUUGAGUCACAUGAAGGAACUUGCUCGCUCCCAUCACGUGACGUGUGGCUCAGACAGCUCAGAGAUGCUGCUGUUAUUUAUUUUCAGACAAUAGUGAUGGACAAUUGUUUUUAUGCUUUAAUAUUGACUUCACUUGUAAUGCAUUCCACCUCUACUUCUCUACUGCAAGCCGGUCACAAGAGUUGUCCUGCCCUUCACUCAUUCACACGCACACCCACAUCCUCUUCAAGGCUUUUGUUUUUUCCCUCUGGAUGCCUCCCAACAAGAGGAGUUGCAGAAACAUAAAGCAGCUUCAUUAUUCUUACCAGAGCAAGUAAUAAGUGUCAGAUGUGACAUAUAGCAUGACUGCGGUUCAUACAAUAAACAUUAUUACUAGUUUCUUGGA